CAGUUGAGUAGUUCAGUAGCUUGCAGCUCUUCGCCGUUGAAUCUCCGUUUAAAUUAAGCUUUAAAGCGGACCGCACGACAUGAAACAUUACUGAACAAUAUACAAAAAAAAUUUUAAUCGCGUUAUUUUUUUUGGGAACUAUAAAACCAAAAAUAUAAAACAAAUUAAUAAACUUAAAAGUUACAAUGCGGGUGUUUUAUGAUGUUUGUAUCCUUAGCUUGCUGACUUGGCUGGCAGUGUUAGACGGAAUACAGAGCUUUAAUCGAAGUUUUGUUGUCGAUUAUGAGCACGAUCGUUUCUUAAAGGAUGGAUCACCAUUUCGCUUCAUAUCUGGUUCCUUUCAUUAUUUCCGAGCUCAUCCCAAAACAUGGUCCCGUCAUCUAAGGACUAUGCGGGCCGCAGGACUCAACGCAGUUACAACAUACGUGGAAUGGUCGCUACAUAAUCCGCAAGACGGCGUUUACAUUUGGAAUGGAAUUGCUGAUCUGGAGCAUUUUAUACGGCUGGCGGUUGAUGAGGAUUUGCUAGUUAUACUUAGACCCGGGCCCUACAUAUGUGCGGAGCGUGACAUGGGUGGCUUUCCUUAUUGGCUGCUCCACAAAUAUCCGGGCAUACAACUGCGUUCGGCCGAUAUUAAUUAUUUAAGUGAAGUUCGCAUCUGGUAUAGCCAGCUCAUGUCACGUAUAUCUCCUUAUCUAUAUGGUAAUGGCGGACCUAUUAUCAUGGUGCAAGUUGAGAACGAGUACGGAUCUUACUUUGCCUGUGACAUAAAUUAUCGAAAUUGGCUGCGUGACGAGACCCAAAGUCAUGUCAAGGACAACGCGGUGCUUUUCACUAACGAUGGACCAAUGGUAUUGCGGUGCGGCAAAAUUCAGGGAGUGCUAGCUACAAUGGACUUUGGACCCACAGGGGAUCUGAAGAGCACGUGGUCUAAAUUAAGACAAUUUCAGCCAAAAGGACCUCUGGUUAAUGCUGAAUACUAUCCAGGAUGGCUUACACACUGGACCGAACCAAUGGCCAAUAUCAGCACUGACGCUAUAACAGGUACUUUUAUUGACAUGAUGGACAGCGGUGCAAGCGUUAACUUUUAUAUGUUCUAUGGCGGCACCAAUUUCGGCUUUACGGCAGGAGCUAAUGACAACGGCCCGGGGAACUAUAUCGCUGACAUCACCAGCUAUGAUUAUGACGCACCUAUGACGGAAGCAGGGGAUCCCACACCCAAGUACAUGGCGCUUCGUCAAAUCAUUGGUAGAUACUUACCGUUACCGACGAUACCUGUUCCAAAGCCGGUACCAAAGCGUGCAUAUGGACUCGUACAAAUGAUUAGCUGCUGCACACUAUUAUCCAGGAACGGACGAAAGCAUUUGGCAACGGGUGUUGUGCGUGCUCCGAAAGCCAAAACUUUUGAGGCCUUGAAUCAAUAUUCAGGCCUGGUCUUGUAUGAGACACUUUUACCGUCUCACUUCAAGCGUGAUCCAAGCGUUCUGCAUGUCCCUGGUGUUGCUGAUCGUGCCUAUGUAUAUGUAGAUAAUAAUCUGGUUGGAAUAUUGGCACGUGAGACGCCCAUUUUCGAUUUGCCCCUAAGCGCCAGCUACGGUAAGCGUCUACAAAUCCUUGUAGAGAAUCAAGGGCGUUUAAAUUAUGGCAGACAGCUAAACGAUUUUAAAGGGAUCACACAAGACGUCCGCCUUGAUAGGCAACUACUUCUUAACUGGAAUAUGACGAAAUACCCGCUAACAUCCUACGAUGACCUUGAGCGGCUCAUUGUCACGUCGAAUGUGGCCGAACACGCCGACUCUCGAGAAGUACGCAAGUUCCAGACCCUUCUCCGCUCGGGGCCAGGCAUUUACUACGGGGUGUUAACAAUUAAUAAUGACAGCGAGCUAGCAGACACCUAUAUUGAUAUGUCCAACUGGGGCAAGGGCAUUGUCUUUCUAAACGGAGAAAAUCUGGGUCGUUAUUGGCCACUGGUGGGCCCACAAAUUACACUCUAUGUGCCAGCUCCUGUGCUAAAAGUAGGAGAAAAUCGUUUAAUACUAAUCGAAUACCAACAAGCUCCGACCGCAAUGGUUUUGCUCUUUCGCGAUACUCCCAUACUAAAUAGACGAACAUAACGAUUAAGUUAGUCUAAUCCGGUGUUAGUUUCAAUCAUCAUAUAUGUAUAUUUUUUAUUUUACU